AGAAGACGGAAUGAGACACCGGCAGGCAAGCGAUCUUUUUGCCGGUAACACAUCCUUCCUCAACAAAGAAAUAAUUCUUCUAUCGUCAAUUCCUAUGGUGUAUUCCAAAGUACCAACAACGACAACAGCUUCAACGACCCCAUCGCCUUAUUUGGCUCAAGCAGCAUCACUACAAGACGAGCAGUCGCGCAUAAGGAAUGCCUUCGCGGCCUUGGAUCAUGACAGAGACGGCUACAUAGACACCCGUGAUUUAUUGAACGUUUAUUCAAAGACUUUUUACGGAAAGGAAGGCUUAUUUAUCGAUGAAGCAAUUGUCAAUGCUUUGAUCGAUCUGGCAUCGACUCCAUCACCUACCGCUUCACCCACCUCGCCCUCCUCGAACAACAUCUCCUUUGAGCAAUUUCGUCAAUUGAUCAAUACAUAUAACAUAAAUAUUCUUCCAUUGAGUACCGAUCUUGCCCAAUCUCAGAAGUCAUUGGAAGCGUUGUUGAGUGAUUUGGUGAACCUGGGUAAAAAGAAAGAGACUCUGGCGAAACAGCAGCUGGUGAUGUCUGAACAACAGGAAGCAGGGAACAGCAGACCUACUUUAUUGACAUGGCAAUAUUGGACGUCUAGAUUCUCGUUGACGGCUGUUAAGCAUCUUAUAGCUGGUGGAGUUGCUGGAGCUGUGAGCAGGACGGUGGUGAGUCCAUUGGAGCGAAUGAAAAUCCUGUUUCAGGUCCAAGGGCCUGGUAAUACGUCAUAUCACGGGAUAAUACCAACACUCAAAAAGAUGUGGCAAGAAGAAGGCCUUGUCGGAUUUCUUCGCGGAAAUGGGACAAAUGUAAUUCGCAUUGUUCCAUACAGUGCCACACAGUUUGCUGCAUAUGAAAAGUAUAAACGUCUUCUCUUGGAAGAAGGUAAAGAAGAACUAGAUGCAAAGCGACGUUUGACGGCGGGUGCGCUAGCAGGAAUAACAUCUGUCACAUGCACAUAUCCACUGGAUCUUGUGCGGACCAGGCUCUCAGUACAGUCCGGUACUAUUGGUCGAAGAGAAGUGCAAAAAAUGCUGCCAGGCAUUUGGACAACUAUGAAGCAUAUCUACAAAACUGAAGGGGGUCUGUUUGCAUUGUAUCGAGGGUUAUCACCCACACUCGUGGGUGUGGCUCCGUAUGUUGGAUUGAACUUUCAUGCGUACGAG